ACAGAGAAGAACAGGCAAUGUCAAGAAAACUACAGAAGAAAAACAAUUAGCAUUAGCACAAAUUACCAUUGCUGGAAUAUUAAAGCAGAAAUGUCUGAUGCUGUUUAUGACGAUGUGAUCAGUACUGAGUCUGAGAGAGUGGAGAUGAUGGUGGCUAUCUAUGAGAGUGUGGAUUGUGUGAGAGAUCAUGACUUCAGGACAGAGAAAAACACACACCAUCCAUUACAACGAACAGGAAGUGAUUCAGUGAAGAUCAGAAGCUCCAGAUCAGCUGUAGUGUGUUUGGUGCUGCUGUGUGUUCUUCUGCUGACUGCAGUCAUAGUGCUGUGUGUCCAUAUCCAUACAAACAACACAAACUACACAGAAGAGACACACCAGCUACGAACCAGGAUCACCAGCCUCACAGAAGAGAGAGCCCAGCUACUAACCAAUAUUACUGACCUUACAGAAGAAAGAAUCCAGAUACAAACCAAUAAUAGCAACCUAAUUCAACUAAACAAAAAGUUAAUGCAAGAGAAAAAAGAACUGUUGAAGUGUUUCGUUAAAAACAGGCUGUAUGAUUUCAAAUUUUGUGUCAUUAGAAAUCAACAGCUAAUAGCUGAACUGGUUGUGUUUACAGAUGGAUGGUUUUACUAUCAUUCUAGCUGUUACUACACUUCCUAUGAAUGGAAGAGCUGGAAUGAGAGCAGAAGAUACUGUACAGAGAGAGGAGCAGAUCUGAUCAUCAUAAACAAUGAAGAUGAGCAAAAAUUUAUUAUGAAAGAAGCUGGUAUUUCUGAAUCCUGGAUAGGUCUCACUGACACUGAUGUAGAGGGAACAUGGAAAUGGGUUGAUGGCAGCACACUGACCUCUGGGUUCUGGAAGUCUGGAGAGCCCAAUGGAGACAGAAGAGAGAAUUGUGUUGUGUCUCAUUCAUCAGGGUGGAAUGACUAUCCUUGUCAUUUAGUUUCGAGAUCUAUCUUCCUGUAA